GCAGGUGUCUUAAUACUUUUAGUGUAUGUUGACACUGGUAUUGUAUUGGAGAUAAUGAAAGUGAGGUUGAAAAGUGGUGGAGUUGCCCUUUAAGUGUGAGACCAUGCCUUUGAAAUAUCAAACCAUUAGAGAGUGUCAAGUAAUCAAAUCAACUAACAUGUUUGCAUAGUAUCAAAUCAACUAACAUGUUUGCAUAAUACUCAUAGCAAUCCCUCAUUACCCAAUCAGAAGAUGCUCCAUAGCAGGGUACUCAUAUCAGAUUUCUUGAUCCAACAUCCUCUCACUCUGUAUCUCUUACAGUCAGUAGACAUGGAAGAUGGGAAGCCUGAUCUGCUGCUGGUCAAAGAGGAGACAAUAGAGGACAGACCAGAGAGCAUUGACCUGCUGAGUGCACUAAAGAUUGGGGAGCAAGGUGGUUGGCUGGAGGCUAACAGAGGAGACUGGACAACAAUUUUGGAUACCCAGACCAGUGAAGCCAAGAGCCCAGGGGACAACAUCACUGAGCAGGGCAGGACCAGAAACGACAUAGUGGAGGUCAGUGGAUGGGACAGCAUCCUCAACUCUGGGCUGGGGAACAACACUGUUAACCACAACCAGAAACUGACAGUCGAACACAGAACAACAACCGAACUUAGUCUCCAUGACAACAGGGUGAGGUGUAGAUUUGGUCCACGGGGACUGGGAGGUAUCCAUAUGCGGCAGGAGAGAACAGAAACAGACUCUGCUAACGAUGCUCCGUCCUGCUCCUAUAGUUGUGAUUCAGAGAGACUGAUGGCGCCUCAGGUUAACCCCCUAACUUGUGCUGCCUUCAGCCUGCCUUCGAUAGGAUCUAUCAACUGGAAUAUGGACCCUGCGACAACACAGACACUUCCUGGCCCUCCUCACACUCUCCUAAUGUUAAACCAGACCUCAGACAAAGCCAGUGCUUCAACACUAAAUGGCUACACAAGCCCAUUGCCAAAUGACAGUAGUAGUGAUGCUAUCAGUAGAUCCGGUGGCAAAGAGAAGCGCUUUCCGUGUUCAUUCUGUGGCAAAGCCUUCAGUUUCUGCAAACAGGUGAUCCACCAGAGGGUGCACACGGGGGAGAAACCAUUCGGCUGCCACCUGUGCCAGGCCAGUUUUUCACAAUCGUCCAGCCUGAACAGGCACCAGAGAGUCCACACGGGGGAGAAAUCCUACAGCUGCCCCCAGUGUGAGAAGAAAUUCUCCCGCCAGCACCAGCUGAAGAUGCACCUCAAGGUCCACACGGGAGAAAGGCCAUUCGCCUGUACUCACUGCGGGAAGAGGUUCUCGGAGAGGAGAUACCUCAAGAUGCACCAGCAGAAAAAACAUUCCACUAUAACAUAGAAAGUAACCAUUCCACUCGAUUCUGACGUUUAGAUCAAACCCUGCAUUAAAGGUAGAUGCAGCAACAUGACAUAGAUACAUCCAGUAAGCAGCAGUUGUGGGUCAAUCGUUGAAGUGCAAGGCCCAUACAUUGUGUGAUAUAUAAGGCAUGUAGUACAAUAUUGUGUUACAGCCUGAAUUUAAAAUGUAUUUCAUAUAUAUUUUUUGUCACUCGCCUACACAAUACCCCGUAAUGUCAAAGUGGAAUUAUGU